CCUCCUUUACUAACCCUUCCACUAGUUUUCCAUUUCUACAUUUCGCACUUGGCAGAAGACUUUUCUCAGUUUGGGCGGAGAUCUCAGAGAGGGCAUCCAGUCUGCACAUUUGCUUCAAUUUUGUUUGAGUUGGACAUAAACUUUGAGAAUAUGGCCGAACAAACCAGGAGCGAUGGCUUGCUUUUCUAUGUCAACGGGGAAAAGAUAAUUGAGAAGAAUCCAGACCCCGAGGCUAUGUUGCUGUCUUAUCUGAGGAAGAAAUUGCGGCUGACAGGCACUAAGUAUGGCUGUGGUGGAGGAGGAUGUGGAGCCUGUACCGUCAUGGUGUCCAGAUACGACCCUCAGACCAAGAACAUCAAUCAUUGGUCUGUCAAUGCCUGUCUGCUUCCUGUGUGCCAACUUCACAGAGCAGCUGUGACCACCGUUGAAGGCAUUGGAAGCACUAAAACCAAAUUACACCCAGUCCAGGAGCGUAUAGCAAAGGCUCAUGGGUCUCAGUGUGGGUUUUGUACUCCUGGGAUGGUGAUGUCCAUGUACACAUUACUUAGAAAUAACCCACAGCCCACCAUGGAGGACGUGACCGAGGGUCUCGCUGGUAAUUUAUGCAGAUGCACAGGGUACCGGCCCAUCGUUGAAGGCUACAGAACCUUCUGUGAGAGUGAAAACUGUUGCCAGUUAAAUGGCUCAGCAUGCAAUAUGGCAAAUGGAAAUGAAAACGGAUCUGUGCAGCCCAUAGAGAAUGGUCAACCAGAACUGUUUAGUAAAGAUGACUUGCUUUCCCUCGACCCAACCCAGGAUCUGAUCUUCCCUCCUGAGCUCAUGAGAUUGGCAGAGGUCAAGGACCAAUCCACUCAGAGGUUUUGUGGGGAGAGAAUGACCUGGAUCAACCCUGGAUCUCUAGAUGAGCUGCUCCAGCUGAAGGCUGUUUACCCACAAGCCCCUCUUGUCUUGGGCAACACCAACAUAGGUCUAGAUAUGAAGUUCAAGGGUAUCUUUCAUCCUGUAAUAAUAUCACCAACACAAGUGCCAGAACUGUUCAAGGUUACACAAAAACCAGAGGGUGUGUGUGUUGGAGCGGGAUGCAGUAUGUCGGUUCUGAAGAGUGUGUUGGAGAGAAGUAUAAAUGAUUUCCCACCGGAGAGCACGCACAUGUUUCGGGCUCUGCUGCAGCAGAUAAAGCUUGUGGGCGGACAACAGAUCCGAAAUGUGGCUACAUUGGGUGGCAAUAUUGCAAGCGCAUAUCCAAACUCUGACCUGACCCCCGUCUUAGCUGCUGGAAGAUGCACACUAGUGGCACUUUCUAAAGAUGGACGAAGGAGGGUGUCAAUCGAUAAAGACUUUUUCCUUGGAUUUGCAAAGACAAUUCUAAAACCAGAUGAGAUGGUGUUGUCCGUUUUCAUUCCAGCUACAAGACCGAACGAGAUUGUCCAUGCCUUCCGACAUGCCCCGCGUAAGGAGAGUGCACUAGCUACGGUGAAUGCUGGGAUGCGCGUUUGGUUCAACGAGAACUCAAAUGUAGUGAAGGAGAUCAGUAUUUAUUAUGGAGGAGUGGGAGCCACCAUCCUCAGUGCUGAACGUGCAUGCCAACAGAUUGUAGGAAGGCCUUGGGAGGAGGCGACGUUAAGUGAUGCGUACAGCACGCUGGUUGAUGAGAUCAAACUUGGGCCGUCGGCACCAGGCGGGAAAGUGGAUUUCCGCAGAUCCCUGACAUUGAGCUUGUUUUUUAAAUUCAACCUGCUCGUCCUCCAAUACCUGAAGGAAAAGGAUGUCACUCAGGGGGAAAUACCCCAAAAGAUGCAGAGUGCAAUUCAGCCUCUUCCUAAACACAUCCAGCCUGGCUACCAAGAGUUUCAGAAUGUUUUGGAGGGUCAGUCGGCUCAAGAUCCGGUGGGCCGACCCAUGAUGCACCGGACAGCUCUGAAUCAAGCUACAGGAGAGGCCGUAUACUGUGAUGACCUACCGCAAACUGACGGUGAACUUUUCCUCGUGAUCGUGACAAGCUCCAGGCCACACGCCAAGAUCACUCAUAUUGACUUUAGUGAAGCUCUAAAGCUGCCCAGUGUGGUGGAUGUGAUCACUGCUAAAGACAUACCAGGCAAAAGGUUCAGAACCUUCAUAGGAUAUGAUGAAGAACUGCUGGCUGAAGAUGAGGUGACUUGUGUUGGUCAGAUGGUUUGCGCUGUGGUUGCCGAUUCCAAAGCACACGCUAAACGUGGAGCAGCAGCGGUGAAGAUCAGCUAUGAAGAUCUGCAGGAUCGCAUCUUCACUGUGGAGGAGGCCAUCGAAAAAGAGUCUUUCUUCCUACCUAGGAGAAAGAUUGAGCGAGGAGAUGUGGAAAAGGGUUUGAGAGAGGCUGAACAAGUGUACGAAGGAGAGAUUCGGAUUGGAGGACAGGAGCAUUUCUACUUGGAAACACAGAGUUUUCUGGUCAUUCCAAUCGGGGAAGAGAAGGAGAUGAAAGUUUAUUUGUCCACUCAGCACCCAGCAUUUACACAAGAGUCAGUAGCUGAGACGCUGGGAAUCCCGUCCAAUCGUGUUUCUUGUCACGUUAAGCGACUGGGCGGAGCCUUUGGAGGCAAGGUCACCAAAACCGCCAUUUUGGCCUCCAUCACUGCUGUUGCUGCAUGGAAGACUGGACGGCCAGUACGAUGUGUUUUGGAGAGAGGAGAGGACAUGUUAAUUACCGGAGGACGCCACCCGGUGUGGGGAAAAUAUAAGGUAGGCUUUAUGAAGAACGGGAGGAUAACAGCAGCUGAUUUCCAGUACUAUGCCAAUGCUGGAAACACAGCAGAUGAAUCCGUACUGGUGGCAGAGAAGAUCCUCCUGCAUCUUGAUAAUGCCUAUAACAUUCCUAACCUGCGUGGCCAAUCGGCGGCCUGCAAGACCAACCUGCCCUCCAACACUGCAUUCCGAGGGUUCGGUGUGCCGCAGUGCAUGCUGGUCAUUGAGAGUAUGAUCGAUGAUGUUGCGCUCAAACUCAGCCGUCUGCCUGAAGAGAUCAGGGAGAUAAACAUGUACAAGGACGUGUCCCUCACUCACUACAAGAUGGAGUUUGACCCAGAGAAUCUUGUCCGCUGUUGGAACGAGUGUAUGGAAAAAGCUGACUUCAGGCAGCGCCGGCAGGCCAUCGAUCUUUUUAAUCAGCAGAACCAGUUCAAAAAGAGAGGAAUAGCCAUUGUGCCCAUCAAAUAUGGCAUUGGGUUUUCUGAGGGCUUCCUCAACCAGGCUGCCGCUCUCGUGCAUAUUUAUAAGGAUGGGUCUGUGCUAGUGAGCCACGGCGGGACGGAAAUGGGCCAAGGCAUACACACUAAAAUCCAACAGGUGACGAGUCGAGAGCUGAAUAUUCCUGCUUCUUUGAUCCACAUCUCUGAGACCAGCACACAAUGCGUCCCGAAUACCUGCUCAUCUGCUGCGUCCUUUGGUACCGACGCUAAUGGAAUGGCUGUGAAGGAUGCCUGUCAAAUACUGUACAACAGACUAGAACCAAUCAGAAAGAAGAAUCCUAAGGGAACAUGGCAGAACUGGAUAACAACAGCAUUUUUGGAGAAGAUCAGUCUGUCAGCCACAGGAUACUACAGAGGUCACGAUCUAGGCAUGGACUGGGAGAAGCAGGAAGGCAAGCCGUAUGCUUACUUCACGUAUGCUGUGGGCUGCAGUGAGGUUGAGCUGGACUGUUUAACUGGAGAGUACAGGACCUUGAAGACUGAUAUUGUUGUUGAUAUCGGCAGAAGUAUAAAUCCGUCCAUUGACAUUGGUCAGAUUGAGGGAGCAUUCAUGCAGGGUCUGGGUCUCUACACCAUGGAGGAGCUCAAGUUUUCUCCGUCUGGUGUUCUGUACACACGUGGACCAGGCCAGUACAAGAUCCCGUCCUUCUGUGAUGUCCCUCUGAAGUUUAACAUCUACCUUUUAGCCGGCUCAUCCAACCCUCACGCCAUCUAUUCAUCGAAGGGAAUCGGAGAGCCGACUGUUUUUCUGGGCAGUUGUGUAUUCUUCGCUAUUAAAGACGCUGUGACUGCAGCUCGAAAAGAUGCAGAUUUAACCGGCCCCUUCCAGCUGAACAGCCCUGCCACCCCAGAGCGGGCAUGUCUGGCCUGUGCCACACACUUCACAAAGAUGGUUGCACAAAGUGGAUCAACUUCUGGACCGGCUCAGCCGUGGGCUCUGAACAUAUGAAAACAUUAUUCUGAUUUAAAGCUAUUGAGUUGCUCUUGUCAAAUCACACAACAUUUAUUAUAUUUAUGUAGACACAAGACCUGAUUUAACAUCCAAUUAUUAUUAUUGUUUACUGAACGAUAAGUAAUCUACUAAAAAAACAAACAAAAGAAGCUCUGCAUGCAAUCAUGUAUCAAGAACAAUUUAUAGUUAUUCACGCUUAUUAUUAACACAUCUUAAUUUCAUCUCACAUAAAUCAGUUUACUUGACAUUUAGGCUUUGCUUUAACAGCUAUUAUAAUAAAUGUGAAUUAAUCUACAUCCUA